AUGACGGCGUCUCCCCUUGCAAUUGAUACGACCGUACGCUUGCGGUCUGGCUAUGAACUGCCUCUCCUCGGACUUGGCGUUUAUAUGAAUGACGAUGCCAAGACAGCAUCCCUGGCAGCUUUGAAGGCUGGCUACCGUCACAUCGACUCUGCUCGUAUGUACGGCAACGAGGCUCAAGUGGGCGAGGCUGUUCGGGAGAGCGGCAUCCCGCGAAACCAAAUCUACAUCACGUCGAAGGUGACCAACGACGACCAUGGCUACGAGAAGACUCUCGCCGCUGUAGACGAGUCGCUGAAGACGUUCGGGUUCGAUUAUUUGGAUUUCAUGCUGAUUCACAGCGCGAUGUCCGACAAGCCCACCCGCCUCGCUACCUGGAAGGCCCUAAUCGAGGCGAAGAAGGCGGGCAAGAUCCGCUCCAUCGGCGUUUCGAACUAUGGCGUCAAGCACCUAGAGGAGAUCCGGGAAGCCGGCCUGGAACUUCCCGACGUCAACCAGAUCGAACUUCAACCGUUGAACCAACAGAAGGAGAUCGCCGAGUACUGCAACAAACAUGGCAUCUUCAUCGAGGCCUACGCUCCGCUCAUGCGGACCCAGUGGGAUGUUCCUGCGAUCCUCGAAGUCGCGAAGAAGUAUACCAAAACACCUGCUCAAAUACUGGUUCGCUGGUCCCUGCAGCGCGGUUUCGCACCCUUGCCGAAGUCCGCAAACCCUGCUCGAGUGGCAAGCAACGCAGAUGUCUACGACUUCGAGCUGAGCGCAGAGGACGUAGCUCGUAUCGAUGCUCUCGACCGUGGCAAGGAGGGCACUAUUACCUGGAACCCAGUUGAUGUUGACUGA